AUGGUCAUUACGGCCAGAGUGGGAACCGGCCUCGUCAAGCAGAUCCUCGUCGACACAGGAGCUGAUUCAAAUAUCAUGUUCCGCAACGUGUUCGACGCACUAGGGCUAAAAGAUGCCGACCUGACGACUCACCAGCACGGGGUCAUCGGAUUGGGCGACCACUUCAUCAAACCGGACGGAGUAAUAUCCCUGCCAAUCUCGGUGGGGCAAGUCCAAGGCCGAAGAUCGGCGAUGGCCGAGUUCGUAAUCCUCCGAGACUCCACUGCCUACAACAUCAUCUUGGGAAGAAAAACAAUCAACGAUUUCGAAGCCAUAAUCAACACAAAGCUGCUAGUCAUGAAGUUUGUUACUGACGACGGAUCCAUAGGGACCAUAAGGGGAGACCUCGAGACGGCGGUCGCUUGUGACAACGCCAGCCUCUCCCUUAGAAAGAAGUCCAAGGAAGCAUCCGGUGUGUUCCUAGCCGACCUCGAUGCCAGAGUGGACGACAAGCCGAGGCCAGAACCAGAAGGAGAUCUGGAGAAGUUUAGAAUUGGUGACGAAGUGGAAAAGUUCACAUUCGUUAACAAGAACCUCCCACAUGAGUUGAAGGAGCCCUUGAUCGAAAUGAUAAGAGCCAACAGUGACUUGUUCGCCUGGACUCCAGCCGACAUGCCGGGCAUAGACCCAAAAAUCAUCUCGCAUCAUCUAGCCGUCAAGACGGAAGCACGCCCGGUAGCCCAACGGAGGAGAAAGAUGUCGGCGGAGAGAGCAGAGGAGGUGGCCAGGCAGACGGCCAGCCUCCUAGAAGCAGGCUUCAUACGGGAAGUGGACUACUCGACAUGGCUCUCGAAUGUGGUAUUGAUACCGAUGCACCGUCCUGACGAAGACAAGACGGCGUUCAUAAUGCCAGGAGGAACUUUCUGCUACAAGGUAAUGCCAUUCGGCCUGAAAAAUGCGGGAGCAACAUAUCAAAGACUGAUGAACAAGAUAUUCCACGACCUCAUAGGGAAAACAGUUGAAGUCUACGUGGACGACAUCCUGGCAAAAAUAACACGACCUGACGACCUCUUGAACGACCUGGCAAGGGUAUUCGCGUCCCUCCGUCAACACGGUAUGAGGUUGAAUCCCCUCAAGUGCACCUUCGCCAUGGAAGCUGGCAAAGCUUCGGCAACAAAGGCCCUGCCAUUUUUUAACCUCAUGAAGAAAGGGAUGGCGUUUGAGUGGACGCCCGCAUGUGAAGAGGCCUUUCGGCACUUCAAGGAAAUCCUGGCGGCGCCACCCGUCCUCGGGAAGCCAAAGGACGGGGAACCACUAUACCUAUACCUCGCCAUAACGGGUGAAGCCUUAGCCGCAGUUCUGGUACGGGAGGACGUAAAAGCUCAACAGCCAGUUUAUUUCAUAAGCAGGGCCUUGCAAGGGGCAGAAUUAAGGUAUAGCAAGCUGGAAAAGCUAGCCCUAGCACUUCUAACAUCCUCACGAAGGUUAAAGCAGUACUUCCAGAGUCACCAAGUUGUCGUCAGAACGGACCAAGCGAUCCGGCAAGUACUCCAAAAACCCGAUCUGGCGGGAAGAAUGAUGACUUGGUCCAUCGAACUCUCCCAGUAUGACAUACAAUACGAACCCCGGCAAGCCAUCAAGGCGCAAGCGAUGGCAGAUUUUCUAGUAGAAGUAACGGGGGAUCCAAGCGAAGAAGUGGGUACACGGUGGAAGCUUCAUGUGGACGGAGCCUCCAACCAGACCUUCGAAGGUGCCGGGAUCAUCCUGGAAAGCCCGAUUGGGGUAGUAUACGAACAGUCGGUCAAAUUCGAGUUUCCCAUCUCGAACAACCAGGCAGAAUAUGAAGCCCUUAUAGGCGGCCUAACCCUAGCGGCAGAAGUCGGCGCAAGAAGGCUAGAAAUAUGCAGCGAUUCCCAAGUCGUCACCUCCCAAGUAAACGGUAGCUACCAAGCCAAAGACCCUUUGCUACAGAAGUACUUGGAAAAGGUUAAAAGCUUGAGCCAAAAGUUCGAAGAAGUCACGGUCCACCACGUGCCUAGAGAAAGGAACACACGGGCAGACCUCCUAUCAAAGUUAGCCAGCACCAAGCCGGGAGAGGGGAACCGGUCUCUCAUCCAAGGCAUGACGAGAGAACCAGCAAUCACACUGCACAUGGCAAGCCUAGGGUCCUCAUGGCUAGACCCCAUCACCGAUUUCCUAGAACACGGCAAACUCCCUAGUGAUGAAAAGGACGCGGCGAAAUUGAGAAGGGAAGCGGCCAGAUACGCCGUCAUCCAAGGACAGUUGUUCAGGAAAGGGCUCAACCAACCCCUACUGAAGUGCCUACACCCCGACCAGACGGACUACGUCCUCAGGGAAGUCCAUGAGGGCUGCUGUGGGCACCACAUCGGAGGCAAGGCCCUAGCGAGGAAACUAAUCCGAGCCGGAUACUAUUGGCCAUCGAUGAUGACGGACUCCAAAGAGUUUGUCAAAAAAUGCGUAAAGUGCCAACGGAACGCCAACUUUGCCAGGGCGCCGGCCUCCGAGUUAAGCUUGCUAACGACCUCCCGGCCAUUCUCUCAAUGGGGAGUCGACCUCUUAGGGCCCUUCCCUGUCGGCCCUGGGCAAGUCAAAUACCUCAUUGUCGCAAUUGACUACUACACCAAAUGGAUAGAAGCCAAACCACUAGCUAGCAUAUCCUCGUCCAAUUGCAGGAAAUUCAUGUGGAGGCAGGUGAUAACGCGAUUCGGGAUACCGGAGGUCAUCAUCUCGGACAACGGCACGCAAUUUACUGACAAAAAGUUCAUGGAAUUUCUCAAUGGCCUGGGUAUAAGGCAAAGGUUCUCUUCGGUAGAACACCCUCAGACGAACGGACAAGUGGAGUCCGCCAACAAGGUUAUCCUUUCAGGGCUAAAAAAGAGGUUGGACAGUAAAAAGGGUGCUUGGGCCGACGAACUAGCAGCGGUUCUCUGGUCCUACCGAACAACUGAACAAUCCUCCACUAGGGAAACUCCCUUCCGACUAACAUACGGGGUGGACGCAGUAAUACCCGUAGAGAUCGGUGAGCCGAGCCCGUGGUUACUUUUGAAAGGAGUGGAGGAAACCGUAGAAAAAGACCUCAUAGAUGAAGCCAGGGAAAUGGCCCAUCUGACAGAAACGGCGCUAAAACAAAGGAUGGCUCUGCGCUACAAUACCAAAGUGCUCAAGAGAGAAUUCGAGCCAAACGACCUCGUCCUGAGGCGAAAUGAUAUCGGCCUGCCGACCCCUGGAGAAGGCAAGCUAGCGGCAAACUGGGAAGGCCCUUACCGAGUCAAAAAAGUGAUGGGAAAAGGAGCCUUCAAGUUAGAAAGGCUUGACGGCAAGGAAGUCCCGAGAACAUGGAACGCGAACAAUCUAAGAAGAUUCUACUCCUAG